UCGGGGAUCUUGCGGACAUAAGCUUUUAAUGGCUGUUCCUCUGGAUCUUUCGCGGGAAUUCCCCACGUGUUGAUUCAUGUGAAGUAACGUAACGUGUACACGCGGACGUCGGAAGCAUAUGCAUUUUUUUGAAUACAUCAUAUGAUCAACAAGGAGGAACUGCUUCACUAUCGAUGAAAAGACUAGGCAACAAUAAACUACUGAUGAUUGUUAGCACCCAUCAAAUCAACUAGUGGGUCAUUCCGCUGAGAGGCGAGAGAGGUUCCUGUGACUCCUCUGGAUUUGCCGUGACGCGUAGUGCUGCCUGAUGUUUGUGUGCCCACUGAGGCGAACGAGAAAGGGAACCGAGGUGUCCACACAAAAGGAAUAGCUGUCCGAAUAUAGUUUUUACGUUAAAGAAGCACUAUGGAUGAAGAGGAGCAGUUUGUGAACAUUGAUCUGAAUGAUGACAAUAUCUGCAGUGUAUGCAAGAUAGAGACGGAAACAGGGACCUUAUCUUUCUGCCAUGUCUGCUUUGAACUCAGCAUUGAAGGUGUCUCCUCUGCGACCUUGUUACAUUCAAAGUCCCUGCGUGGCCACAGAGACUGCUUUGAUAAAUGUCAUCUCAUUGCCAACCAGAAGCUGUCACGUUCCAAGGUCUCUCGAAGUGCAUACGAGGGCAUGAAGCUGGCCCUCAGCCAGAAACUGAACCGCAUCAUCCAGUAUGCACAGAACAAAGACUCUGUCUCCUCCAAUGGCCUCAGCAGACGGGGGACUAAGCUUCUUUGUUAUGGCCAGCAGAGUGACCGUAAGUUGCUGCCUCAGUCAGAUGCCCAGGUGCCCCGCUACACGCCCUGCUGGGACACGGGCAAAGCAACAGGGCUUCCUGAUUAUGCCAUGGGGAUGUUGGAGUGCCACACAGCGGAGGAGCUUGGGCUUCUGCAUGAGUCACAAUCUGGCGUUUGGUCCAGUGAUGGCAGGACAGGACUACACAGCCGGAACCACUCAUCAGGGGGAGGACAGACACAGCUCAGACACCAGGGCCACAGCCGAGAUGAAUUGACUAAAAUGAGUGUGGAUGAGCUCCAUCAGCUGAAUGCCCAGCUACUGAUGCAAAUUCAAAAGGUCUUCGAGGAGCUGACUGUGGCCGUGCAGGAGAAAGACUCAUUGGCAUCAGAGCUGCAUGUGCGUCACAUUGCAAUCGAGCAGCUCUUUAAGAACUGUGCCAAGCUUCCCUGGCUGCACAUUAGCAGGGCUGGGGUUAAGGCCAGCAGCAGCAGCGGCCCCGUGGAGUGAAGUGCAAGGUGGGGCAUCUGUCUCCGCUGCUUGGAUUAAGCUGACAAACACUACAGCAUGCUGGCUGCAGCGAACUGAAAUGCCUUCAUGUAUACUGAGUGACUUCUGUGACACUAUGGUGACACUGAGCACUGCAUUAGAGCAGCAUUAAGGGCUGGGUUGACAUGGCCUCCGUUCUCGUUGCUGGUCUCACAGGCAGCCUGAACGCCGGCCAACCCAAGUACCUAGGAUGCAUGUUAAUACCAAGUGGGUCUCAGAGUGUCCUGGCUACGGUACAAGUUAAGGACAUGUCCUUACUGCACAUGGUCCAUAAGGAAUACCUUUUAAGAUUUAUCUUAAUACAGACUGGAAAAAAACAGUUUGUCUACAUCAUUUUACAUAGACGGUUGCUGUUGGUUUUAUUUUCUUUUGUUAAGUUUGCUGUUGGCCAUUUCAGUUUUCAUUGAUCUAUUUCAUUUCCUGUAGAUACAUUUUCAAAUUUCUGUAGAAAGGGGUUAGCCAGUCAGAAGUGAGUUACAGUAUUUUAUAACAUGGCUUGGGCGAAUACCUUAUGCAGAUUAGCUGGAUGGUUUCCAUCAUAUUCGUACCAUCAGGCACUGCCAGUAACAGUUUGAUUACUGUUCUUAUGUAACGUGCCAACAAGGUUUAAGCUUUUUUAUGCAGCUGCACCUUGGCAAUAUAAUGGCUUGAAACAUGAGUUUUGAGUUGCCUUCCAACUGCCAAAGUUGACAGAGGUCCUCUGAAAUGUUGGCAAUUUUAUAGAUCAGAUAGAUUCAACAGUAGUGGGUUACAUCUACUGGAGAGAAUGCAGAUAAUUAUAUAUACUAAUAAAGAUCUGCUGCAUUUCUUUUGAACAAUAUAAAUAUUAUCGAAAACAUUGAAAAUAGUGAGACAAAAAAAUAUAACCUACUGAAAACAAGUAUAAUUUGGAGAAGAGUAAGUGCAAGACAACAUCCAAAAGUACCCUAAAGCAUCACUGCAACAAAGACAAAUCAGAGUGUGAAAUCGACAAGGCUGUACUAGCUGUGCAGGUUUUAGUUAGUGGGGGUUAUGACUAUUUUAGGAGUGUCUAUGAAUUAAUACAUUGUAACAGCUGGUUGGCAAGCUGCAAGUGGAAUAUAAUAUACCCUCUCCAGAGCUUAAAGAUGAGAGGUAUUUUGUUUUGAACUUCGGGGUUUAUAAUAACUUUUAUGCUGUUGAAAUUUACUGGAUAUUUAGUACAGAGCUGCUUGUUGUCUGUGGUAUAGCUGUUAAGCACAAGUCAUAUGUAUGGCUAUACUUUGAAUGAGCGCUAUUGGAAGAAGAAACUAUUGCAACCCAGCUGCCCAACCAAAGUCUGUAUUUGUUUUUUGUUUCACAUGUGAAUUGCAAGCAUUUGACUUAGAUUACAUUAACAGAGGAAGAUGCAAUGCCAAGCUGAUUUAAAAUGUGGCUUAGUUAUUUACUUCUAUGUUUGGUUCAGUGUGUGUAAUAAUGAAUCAUAGAUUUUUACUCUAAAGGUGUUGAUGUGGAAAUGGUUUGUUCUCUAGUACACAGUGUGUUUUAUUAUCAUUUCUUUUGUUUAUCAUUUUCUUUUUCUGUUCAGUGUUAACUUUUGUUGCCCUCUCUCCUACAUUGAAGUAUGAGAGCCCAGGUUGAUGUCACAGCAAUACAAAGGCACAGUUUGGUCUACUGUGCCUCUGGGAGUCCCUGAUUGUUGAACAAAAGGAGACAUAGAGGACGUAGGGAUGGUAUUAACAGUCUGUAGUUACGGUCAGUUUAUUAUUCAGGAACCCUAUGCAAGAAAGAGACAAAUAAAUCAGAAGCCUUAUUAAGCAGAAAUUACAUAAACAAAUAUUGUUUAUUUGAGUUUUUUCUCAGAGGAGGUCAGAGCUACUUAAAGAUAAGAUGCGGAAAGAUAAGAUUAUAAUCAAAUUGAUGUUUAGAAAAACUCAGCAUUGUCAGUGUAUCUCUUUGCUCUCUCUUUGUAAGAGAUUAAAUGUGUUUGACCCCUUUAGGGUUUAAAGUUUAAAAGUUUUAGCUCCAUUUUAAACUUCUAUCUUGAUUUUAUUUGGAUAACUGUAUUUAGUGUGCUUGAGUGCUUGAGAGUUUUCAGAUUACUGGUCCUUAAUGCAGAUUUCCAGUCAUUUGGUCUUCAGUUGUAUGUUUUUUUUAUUUUUUUAUUUGUGUUUUAAAUAUGAAUGCUGUGUGUUUUUGUAUACUGUGGAAACAUGCCUGGGCCUGUGCCUCUGCUCGGCAGAAAAUUCAGGCUGCCUGUUUUUGGUUGUCUAUUUUGGCAGUCUCAUUAUCUUUUACUGGAGAUCUAAGCAUACCUGUUAGACUUCCACCUCUUUCCUUUUUAGACUUGACUCUUCGUUCUUUUGUUUUCUAACGUGAAACAAGGCUGCAUUUGUCUUGCGUGGUGUUUUACAUUCUAUUUAUUGUGUGUGUUCAUUGACAUUACACAGGCUGUGGGAUUUGUGCUUA